AUGCCGAAAACAGGAGCAACACGUUAUCAAAAGUUUCUCAAAUCUGAGAAAUCUAAAACAAAGCUCAAAUCUAAGAAAGAUCUACCCAAAGGCACUAACAUAACGAAGACGAAUUUUAAAGUGAAAAAGAUAGUCAUCAAAGAACAGUUAAAGAAGCAUGGUGAAACCGAAGCUCUUUCUACAAGGAAGUUAAACGUUAAAGAAUUACUGUCUCGUCUUAAUCAUUUUAACACGCACAACAGAACUGAGGCUCUCCACGGUUUGAAGGAACUCAUUUCCUCACAUCCUGAAUUAUUGGAACAUAACCUUGGGGAACUAAUUCAUGGAAUAACACCCUUGGUUUUGAAUAUUGAAAAAGUUGUUCGCCAUGAAUCAUUAAAAGUGUUACACCUGUUGUUGUCAAAUGCAGACAUAGUACGAAUAGAGCCAUUCUUUGAUGUAAUGUGUACUUACUUGAGAAGUGCAAUGACUCACAUUGAUGGCAGAAUACAAGAGGACUCCCUUCUAUUUCUGGAUACACUACUUGUUUGCACUCCUAAGAAAGUGGCUCAAGAUUUUCAUAAAAUUAUUCCAAAUUUCCUUGAUAUGAUUUCAAAAUUGCGGGUUGACUCAAAGCCCGGAAGAACUCUGACUGUCAAUUUGGGCAGUCAAAUAACAAGUGUAAAAUGGAGAGUGAAAGUUCUGCACCGUUUAAAAGACUAUUUAAAUCAAUUUGUCAAGUAUAACAAUAUUAAUGAUCACAAGGAACAGGUAAUGGAAACCACAAAAGCUUUUGAUACCACCAAGAUGAAUUAUUAUCCAUUGUUUAAUCAAAGUUAUAUACAAACAUGUUCUGUAUCUUGCUUUUCCUCAAGAAACACACAAGAAUCAGUGCCAAUAGAUGAAGUAGAAAAGUUCAGGGUUUAUGUUGAUACUCUGAUGCCUCUUUUGUUUGAAACUUGGCUAGAGGUUUGUCCACCUGUUAACUCAGAGAAAAACAUUGAAACAGUGGUCAGUGAAGAUGCAGCUUCUCUGUUGAAGCAAAUUUUGGAAGUUAUUUCAUUAAUUUGGAGUCUUAUCAAACAUUUCAAUUUGAAGAACCCUAGUUCCAACAUUCAACAUGAAUUUUCACAGAAGUAUAGACAAUCAUAUUUGCAACAUUUUGUUAGAUCAUUCCCUUAUGUAACAAACAUUAGAUCCAAGCAGAGAAAUGUGAGUAAUUCUCCUUUUGAAGAUCUUAUUACAGAUCCUAAAUUGGUAGAACAAAAUUUAGAAAUAUGUCACCUUUUCAUAGUACUUAAUCCUCAUAUAAAUGUAAAGAAUCAACACAAAGACAUACAGUAUAUAUUAAAUUACAUAGAGAAAAUAUUCAACCAAAACACUCAGGACAAUGUAAAUGAUGUUAUUGUCAAAAUCUUACACACAUUGUUUUCUAAUGAUGUGAACAACUGGACAAGAAGCCUCUCAGUAAUGAACGCUUUAUUUGAAAAGAUCAUUUGGGCAUAUUUUAAUAAAAACAUGACAAGUUAUUUAAAGCAACAAAUCUUUAGUUUGCUUUGUAAAAUAUCUCUAAAUGACAAACUUGGUCAUUUCCAUGAGUGUGAUAAGUACAAUACAUGGCUGAAAAACCUUCCAGAUAUAUUAUUGGAAGAAGAAACCAAAGUUAAUAAAAAUAUUGGAAAAUUUACCAAAAAUUAA